AAACCUAAAUCAUGCGGCGCUUUACUGUUGUCUCUCUUCUCAUUGCGUGGCAGCGGUGUCUCUCACUCUCUCUCGUCUGUGCCGCCGCCCUCGCCUGCUCUCGAUGCGCCGCGGCCCUCGACAAGUCGCCCCGCCUCCUUCGUCCAGCGUCUGCAGCAGUAGCCUCUGUCCAACGGAGGCAAAGGCAAAGCAGAGCUAACUUCGAAAGCAAAGAAACACAAAAAUGGCGGUGAGAAAUUUGGCAUCUAAAUUCCCAUUCCUCAAACGUCUCCGCCCAAAUUCCACGCCCUUGUCGCCUCUCUUCUCCCAUUCUCAAAUCAUAUUUCAAAGCUCGAGGAUUGUUAGCAGAAGCAUACCUCUUGCUGCUGGGAAUCGUGUGAUUGUGGGGCAAAUGUGUAACUUUGGCGGGUUCCAUUCGGGUCGGGUUCUGAGGAAUGCGGAGCCUGAGGUGGGGCAAAAAGGUGGGGCGGAUGAUGGUCGGGUCACGAAGAGGAAGAAAUUGAAAGGGAAGAGAGCUGUGGUGAGGUGGUUGAAGCACUUCAGGUAUAAGAAGAAGAAAUCCUAUGAAAGGAUGACCGCCGAAGAGAAAAUCCUCUACAAAUUGAUGAAGGCUCGAAGGAAAGAGGAAAGAUUACUUGAAGCUCUCAGAAAAAUCGAGCCUAAAGAGACAUCGGACACAAUGCACGACCCUGAAAUACUGACACCCGAAGAACACUUUUACUUUUUGAAGAUGGGCGAGAAGAGCAAGAAUUAUGUCCCCGUUGGGAGGCGAGGGCUAUAUCAAGGCGUUAUACUGAACAUGCACUUGCACUGGAAGAAGCAUCAGACGUUGAAGGUCAUCGUGAAGACGUUCUCUCCGGAAGAGGUGAAGGAGAUUGCUUCGGAGCUGGCAAGAUUGAGCGGUGGGAUUGUGCUCGAUAUUCAGGAAGACAACACCAUAAUCAUGUACAGAGGGAAGAACUAUUGCCAACCCCCGACCGAGAUAAUGUCUCCGAGGGAAACCCUCUCGAGAAAGAAGGCGUUGGAUAAGUCGAGGUAUAGGGAUGCUCUGAGGGCUGUUAAGAGAUAUAUUCCAAGACUCGAGCAGGAGCUCGAGCUGCUUCAAGCUCGGGCGGGAAGUGAACCUAGCACGAACGAAGAAAACCAGGCGAACGAGGCUGGUGGUCUUGAUUCCGGAAACCUUCCCAAUCAAGAGUUCGAAGGGUCUGAUAGGUUGAAAGAACUAUUGGCUAAGAGUGAAGGAAAUGACACCAACUCGAGCGUAGAUUCGGAUAUGGUUUCGGACACCGAAGAUCUGUCGGAUAUUUUUGAGACGGAAUCGGAAUCAGACGCGGAGACGGAAGGGAGAGACGAAAAGCCUCUUUAUAUGGACGAGUUUGAAAAGUUCCCGGUGCAGAGUGAGGGAGAGGACGACGAUUUUGAAGAACACCUGCGCAGGAUAUCUGCCGAUUCGAGAAAGGAGGGGAAAUCACGCGAUGGAGACGGAGACGCGGAUCUCGAUGAGGUUGAUCGAAUGGUUCUACGAGCUGCGUCUCUUUUGAAGAAAAAGAGGAGAUAAAUCACACUGUGCUGCUUGAAUGAUAGUGAAGAUUUUGAGGAUCAUCACAUCACCAUGGCAAAGGGUGAAAAGCUUCGACAAAUUCCACCGGACGCGUCGUCCGUGCCGUGCAGACGACAAGAUGCAAUAGAAGACGUCGCACAACAAGAUCGGUAUAUAUAUUUAAAUUUUCUUGGUAUCAAUCAUGUGCAGAUGCAACAAGAGAUGUGGCACAAUGAUGCAAUAAAAGAUCCGUCUUGUCGAAGAUGACGGUCAGUCGAGGUAGGAAAUUUACGGGGCAGCACGCUGCCAAAGUCGGCGUGCUCGUAUCUCGACGAUGCUGUAGCUGCUGCUAAGCAAAGUAAACCAGUGAGCAGGCGUAGAGUAGAUACAUGUAUACAUUACAAGUUGUUGGGAUCUCUAUAUUUAUGCUACAUUACAAAUCAAUAACAAAAUGAGGUAGCCACUGUGAAAAAAGUUGCACUCUUAUUAAUAGUAAUGACAAAAUAACAUAUUAAAAGAAAUCUUGAU